AUGAACCGCCAACGUCCAUCAUCAACAAUGACUAGUACAGAACUAGUCCAAAAAUGUAAUACUCUAGUAUUACGACUGGCACCAUCAUCAACUAGUAGCCAAAAUAGCGAUAUUGCGAGAUUAAUGAAAGAUGCACAACGUCGCGUUCUUGAUCGCUUCCGUCUACUACUAAGAGACUAUGUCGAUCAAAGUACGCAAGCAAUACAAGCAGAUCUGUAUCACGCUUUGGAGCAAGCAGAUAAUCGAGAGAAGUUUCUAGAAGCAUUUACGCUGAAGCUAUACCACAAAGCAAAUCAAAUAGAAGAAGAAAUUGCUACCCAAAGUCUCAAUCCUGAUGAAGUAGAAAGAUUGAAAAGAGUGCCAGGAUAUGAGAGAAAUAAUAACGGCAGAGAUGUGCAUAAUAACAAUCCAAGCUAUCCUCGUACAGGCAAUUACGAUCAACACAAUCAUUAUCCAGGAAAUGAGGAUCGAUAUAAUCAUUAUCCAGCAACUCCCCAUUCACACCAAAACAAUCCAGACAGUGGUCAUCCAAGCGAAAAUCAUUCAAACCAGCACUAUCGCAGUUCGCAAAGCCACAAUCCGAAUUUUCGCUAG